GGGAGGGUGCAGACUCCGCAGUGUGACCGGACUGUAUGCAGUGUACAGUAAGUGACGUGUGUUGGAGAGAAACGGUCGGUUACACGCACGCAACGACAGUGAUACAAAACAGUGCUCGAGACAAUGUCGGACGAUGAUUACUACCGGGGGAGUACCAGUAGCAUCUCGAAUACAUCCUCAGUACUGGGCAUCGUCAAACAGGCUCUUGCCGGUUGUUCAGCUGCUUUGUCAGUGUUCAUUGCCGGAUGCUGGCUAGGAUGGCCCUCCCCAGCCGUCAAGAUGUUCUUCGAAGGAGACGUUCACUUCAAUAUUACGAACGACGACAUCUCAUGGAUCGUGGCCCUCAUGGACUUUGGCAACACCCUCAGUCCAAUACCCUCAGGAUACAUGUCCGACUGCAUGGGUCGCAAGCUGACUCUAUUGAUGACUGCCUUCCUCUACCUGGGUACUUGGAGCCUCGCUAUCUUCGGUAACAACGCUUACUACCUGUACGUGGCGCGCAUCGGUGCUGGACUCGGCAAGGGCGUGGCUUUCACUGUGGUGCCCAUGUACCUGGGCGAGAUAGCGGGUGUGAAAGUUCGAGGUGCCAUCAGCACGAUCUUCACCGGGCUACUCUACUCCGGCAUCAUGUUUGAAUACAUCAUCGGUCCGUUCGUGUCGUACGACAUGUUGAACUACAUAUCCGGAGUGGUCCCCAUAGUAUUCUUCCUGACUUUUUUCAUGUUACCAGAAUCUCCAUAUUAUUUACUGAUGAAAGAACGUCACAAAGAGGCGAGGAAAUCCCUGGCUUGGUUUCGGAGUGCAAAAGUGGAUGAUGAGGUUUUGGUGAAAGAGCUGGAUUUAAUGUCCAGAACAGUCCAGAAGGACAUGGAAGAAAAGGGGAGUUUUGCGGAUUUAUUGUCUACUCCCGGCCAUCGGAAGGCCAUGGCAAUUGUCAUGUUUUUGUCUGCAUUCCAGAGGUUCGGCGGCAUCUCACCCAUGCUGGCAUACACUGUUGUCACUCUUCCCAAGACAGGGGGAUACUUUCCAGCUGACAUUUACAUGAUCAUCUUCGGUGUGAUGAUGGUUGUCGGUAACUUUAUCGGUACUCCACUUGUAGAUCGUGUUGGGCGCAAGCCUUUACUCAUCAUCUCCUGCAGCUCGUGUGCAAUACUCACCGGCAUUUCCACCAUAUUCUACAUGGCUGCUGGACCAGAGAACAACACGGAAAACUUCAACUGGGUUCCCUAUGCCUGCUUUGUAGCUUAUGGUAUCGCUUAUUCAAUCGGUAUCGGUGUCAUUCCUUCCACAUUCGUUGGAGAACUGUUUCCCACAAAUAUAAAAAGCUAUGCUUCUGCCAUUGCAGCAAUAUUUUUUGCAGUUGCUUCAUUUGCAAUAAAUAAAUUCUACUUACUUGUUAAAGAUAACUUUGGUGUGUAUUAUAUGUUCGGUUUUUUUACUUUGUGUAGCAUCUCUUCUGUGAUAUUCACCACAUUUGUUGUUUUUGAGACAAAGGGUAAAACAUUCGCAGAAAUUCAAAACAAAUUAGAACAUAGACGAGACAAUCUUAUGAUGACAUGAAAGUUGUUUUAAUUGUUGUACUAUAUUUGUGAACUGUAUUCUUAUGUUAAAAAAAUCAUUUUAUACAUAUUCAAUGCCAUAUUUAAUCACUGAUCUACUAUAUUUAUUGAAAUAAAGUUCCACAAAGACUCUAAAAUAUCUUAUUAUUUAAACAAAUACAUUAAUAGUAACAAAAUUUAUAUAAGUAAUUGAAUACAUCAAAAAUGUUUGAAACUUAUUAGUUUAAGAGUAAGAAUUAAUAAUUUCCAUAGAACAGUAGUAUUUUGUUUCUUGGGGUAAACUACUUGUCCUUGACCACUAUAAUUUAUAAAGUCACCCCCAAAGAUUAAUUUUUAAAUUUUAAAAUAAUUUUUAUACAAGACUGUAAUUAGUUUUUAAGAUAUUAUGAAUAGUUGACUGUAAGUCAAACUUGCUAUGUUUAGUUAGAGAUUACUGUAGAAAUAAAGACUGUUAUUGAUAAAAGUGUAUAGUUAUAGACUGAUAUAAAGAACAAGCACUGACAAAA